AUGGGCGAGGAGGAGCAGCAGUAUGUGGAGCAGCUCCGUGGCGUCUUUGACAGUUUCGACUUGAGCGGUGCUGGAUCGCUGUCCCAGGACGAGCUGUGGGAGCUGUGUGAGUCUCUGCAGCUCCAGGAGGCUGCACCUGCCCUGCUCCAGACUCUACUGCUGAGCCAGGACACCCCCAAUGCAAGGGUCGGCUUUGAACAGUUCAAAAAUGCACUUAUUCUCGUCUUGUCUUCAAACCUGGAGGAGCCACGGAUCGAACAGGUGCCGUCGCCAAAACCAGCCUCUCCGGAGAUCCAGCCCAAGUUCGUGAAGGGCAGUAAACGCUACGGGCGCAGGUCCACUCCAGAGUUCUUCGUCUCAGAUCUGUGCGAGUCCGGUCUCAAUCCAGAACCGGACCGGGACGAGAACUACGAGUCUGUUGUCCCCUGUAAACGAGAGCGCUGGAUCGCUCACGAGACCAGCACAGGAGAGGAGUAUGAAGCCGAAGGUCAGCUGCACUUGUGGAACCCAGACGAACCAGGGACUCCGCGGGUGUCUGUGGUCUCUCUGUCCGAGCGGCUGGAGCAGAGGGUGCAGGACGUCUGUGAGGAGCUGUGUCUGCCCUGGGACAAGCCGGCAACCUACGACGACCUCCUCGCUCUGAGCCAGCGACUGGGGAUGGAGAUCUCCGGUGAAGCACUGCAGACUCUAAACAGUGAUGAAGAGAUGAGUGUCCAAGAUUUUGUCUCCAGAGUUUUGAGCCUCAACAAGCCUCCCACUCCCUCAGCCUCUACCCCCUACAGGCAGCUCAAGAGAAUGCACUCCACGCAGCCGUUUGAUGAGGUGGGCCGUAGAAUAGCCACUCCCUCUGCACUCAGUGGCACCAUCGGCCUCAAGCUAUUCUCCACUUUAGAUGACGGGACCGGUUUCUCUCCGGUAGAACACAUCCUGGACUCGUGGCUGGAGGAGGGCAUAGAGAACAGCACUGAGAUUCUGCAGGCCUUAAAUUUCAGUCUGGAGGGGAAGCUGAGCCUCAGUGACCUCACCGCCGCUCUCGAGGCCGAGCUGCUGGAGAAUAAGAACGGCAUCCUGCAGGCGGCGCUAGCGAGUUUCAGAGCAGAGAUCAGACACCUGCUAACGUGUGUGGACCGAGAACUCCGGGAAAAAGAGAAAAUCCAGUCGGACCUAGAGAAAGCCGAGAGACUCAAAGCUCAACUGGCCACAGAGGUGGACGAGCAUCACUCUGUCAUUGAGCACAUGAAUAAACUCAAUCUUAGAGUUGGUGAUGUCAGCUGCAGCCCUCAAACCACGGGAGAGUCCCAGAUUACCCUCCACCUGCCACGAGCGCGUGCGUUAAACGUGCGGACAAAUCCAACAGUAGAUGCGCCGAAAAUAGGCGAUGGCUGGUGCUUUGUGUGCUCGCUGUUCCAUCCUCACUUUGUGACCAAAACCCGGCCUCCAGAGCUCCCAAACCCGCCCCCUGCAGACAGCCAACCGGAACCACAACAAAGCAGCUGCAGAAUACAAUCAUCACAUUUGGUUUGA